AUGGCGACUGACGGGGAGGAGGCGCCGCCGCUGCUACUGGACGAGGCCGCGCGCCCGCGCCGCGUCGCGCUCUUCGUCGAGCCGUCUCCGUUCGCCUACAUCUCUGGGUAUAAGAACCGGUUCCAGAACUUCAUCAAACAUUUGCGAGAAAUGGGGGACGAGGUCAUUGUUGUGACCAACCAUGAGGGAGUCCCCCAAGAGUUUCAUGGUGCCAAGGUUAUCGGUUCAUGGAGCUUCCCGUGCCCCAUGUAUGGAAAAGUCCCUCUUUCGCUGGCACUUAGUCCUAGGAUCAUUUCGGAGGUUGCAAAGUUCAAACCUGACAUUAUUCAUGCGUCUUCUCCUGGAAUUAUGGUUUUUGGGGCUCUAGCUAUUGCCAAGCUACUCGGUGUGCCCCUAGUCAUGUCCUAUCACACCCAUGUUCCAGUAUACAUACCAAGAUAUACAUUUAGCUGGCUUGUGGAGCCAAUGUGGCAAGUCAUAAGAUUCCUUCAUAGAGCUGCUGAUUUAACUUUAGUACCAUCUGCUGCUAUCAGCAAAGAUUUUGAAACUGCCCAGGUCAUAUCAGCUAACAGAAUACGCGUUUGGAACAAAGGUGUUGAUUCUGCAAGCUUCCAUCCUAGAUUUCGCAAUCAUGAGAUGCGAGUCAGGCUGAGUGAUGGUGAGCCUGAAAAACCACUGGUAAUUCAUGUCGGACGUUUUGGGCGUGAGAAAAAUUUGGAUUUUUUGAAGAUGGUAAUGGAUAGGUUGCCUGGAGUAAGAAUUGCAUUUAUCGGAGAUGGACCAUACAAGGGUGAACUAGAGAAGAUGUUUGAAGGAAUGCCAACAGUGUUCACAGGAAUGAUGCAGGGUGAAGAGCUCUCGCAGGCAUACGCCAGCGGAGAUGUUUUCAUCAUGCCAUCAGAGUCAGAAACGCUCGGCCAAGUGGUCCUAGAGUCCAUGUCAUCGGGAGUGCCCGUUGUCGCGGCCCGUGCAGGCGGGAUCCCUGACAUAAUCCCAGAGGACCAGGAGGGCAAGACGAGCUUCCUGUUCACCCCUGGCGACCUGGAUGACUGCCUCGGCAAGGUCCAGCUGCUGCUGACGAACAGGGAGUUCAGAGACAACAUGGGGCGGACUGCCAGAUCCGAGAUGGAGAAAUGUGACUGGCGGGCAGCAUCGAAGACGAUCCGCAACGAGUUCUACAAUGCCGCGAUCUGGUACUGGAGAAAGAAGCACGCGGAGCUGGUGAAGCCGCUGCAGUGGCUAGCCCAGAUGUUCCUGCCGGUGCCUGAGGUCCGCAGCAUCACGCAAUGCUGA